AUGACUUUUGAACCUAGAGUGCCUAUACCACAAGGUGGUGCUUCACUUAUGUUGGCUUUCCAAAGCAAAAACAAAAACGUCCUUGUGAUUGGAGACAAUACGAUUGCUGCUAACCGAGUCUUGUCUUGUCUUGAAGCAGAUGCCACUGUCUAUUUGAUUGCCAAUCCAGCACGCAUGUGUCCCGAACUUGAAUACAGAAUCAACCAUCACCAAGCCAUUUUACUUGGCUCUUCAUUUCAAUCUGACUUACUUGACCGCAUUCGAUUUGAUUUAGGCUUUAUUUGUAACUAUGCUCAAGACACACUUGAAUCCAUGGUGCAAACAUUUCGUGCAUCCCAUGUACCUGUCAAUGUUACUGAUUGCAGCGAAUUAUCCGACUUCUUUAUGACAUCCACAUAUCGAGACCAAUCGCUUCAAAUUGCAGUGUCUACGAAUGGUCAAGCAUCCAAACUCUCAAGCCGUAUUCGUCGCCAUGUGGCUGCCAGUUUGCCUCCUCAUUUAGGUGAAGCCAUUGACCGUAUGGGCAUGUUGCGCAAAAAAGUCCGUGCUUCGGAUCCAAGCUCCGCUUCUAGCAUACGUCGCAUGACUUGGCUUGCUCAAAUUUGUGAGUAUUGGAGUAUGGAUCGACUGGCUCAAUUAUCAGAUCAAGACAUGGAAGAAUUACUCGAAACAUAUCAUCAAGAUGAAGGUUAUGAAAGUUUAGAUACAGACACAUCAAGUCAUGGACCUAAAACAUGGGGCAGCUUAGCCUUGGUUGGUUCAGGCACAGGUCAUCCUGACCUACUGACCUUAGCCGCUCACAAAGCCAUUCAAGAAGCAGAUCUGGUCUUGUCAGAUAAAAUCGUGCCUGCAGAAAUCGUCGCCCUGGUCCAAUGUGAACUCAAGAUUGCUCGUAAAUUCCCCGGGAAUGCAGAUGCUGCUCAACAAGAAUUUAACGAAAUUGCCUUAAAGGCCAUCAAACAAGGCAAGCAUGUGGUCCGUCUUAAACAAGGAGACCCUUAUUUGUUUGGUCGUGGUGGUGAAGAAGUCUUGUUUUUCCGUCAACAUGGGAUUGUGCCUCGUGUAAUUCCUGGUAUUUCGUCCACAGUCGCUGCUGGUUUAGUGGCUGGUAUUCCCUUGACCCAUCGUGGUGUUGCGUCUCAGUUCUUGGUGACCACAGGCACAGGUGCUCGUAACUCGUCUGCUCCUUUACCGACCUUUGAUAAACAUCGUACGGAUGUGUUUUUGAUGGCUAUUCAUCGCUUAGGUGCCUUAACACACGAUUUGAUCACCACACAACAGUAUCCUCCUGAUAUCCCUUGCGCUAUUGUAGAAAGAGCCAGUUGUAAAGAUCAACGUGUGAUAUGGGGUCAAUUGGCCACGAUUGAACAUGUCUUGGAAAGUUGUGGUGGAAGUCGUCCUCCGGGAUUGUUGAUUGUUGGUUAUGCCAUUGAUGUGCUCAAGCAUGAAAACAAAGGACCUGAAGGCGUAGCUGCUCAUUUGAUGACUGCUUCUGGAUUACCUCUGGAUGUUGAAUCCAAAGAUACAGACUUAUUGAAAUUACAUGAUCCUGAAUGUGUAUUUUAG